UACUGCGGUAAGAUGCGGCGACGCACGAUGCCGAGCGCUGAAUGACAUGAUGCGCAAUGGCCGAACGAGCGGGGGGAGAGACCGAACAAGCAUUCACUAACUGUGGUGUCUGCCUCUUAUCUUCACGAUAGGGCUAUAGCAAAUGCGUGUGUGACUGAUCUGUAGAGCUGUAGCUCCAGUGGUGCAGGCCGAGUGGAAGGAUGUGAUCCGCUGAAGGAUGCUCACAGCCCGAGGAGGGAAGAAUAGGCUUCGUCUGUAAACAAGGAGGGAGCAGAGAGAUAUUAGGUGAAGGACACUUGCCUACAAGACACUAAGGCAUCGAAUAAGGUUGCUUGUGAUAGCUGAGUCAGUCCUGAGUGAUGAGAGAGCAGCCGACAGGGAGGGCGUUGAAGCUCUGAAGACAGCAUCACUGAUUGUCAGUGUGGAAGAAAACAAACUUCUCAUUAUCCACUCUAUCAUCAGCGCCGACAGAUGGAUGUCUGACCUGGGCGUCUCUUUUCUUCAGGUCUCUCAAAGUUAAGGAGGGAUAAAGAGAAACAAGCACAACUCCAGCUGGCUGUCAGGAAAACAGCUCAUUCUUCUCCUCUUUUUUGUCAGAAUGAACUAAGAUAUUAGCAAGAGAGUCUUGCAGUGUCGAGUAGUAAAUUAUACAGUAUUUGAGCUAUUUCAUAAUGCUUACUGUAUUUUUCUUCCAACAAUGAUAUUUGUAUCUUUUGAGCUGUCACGCUCUGAUUCAAGAAUAGACUCUUGAUAGUGCUAGUACUUGCACUCAUGAAUAGGAUUUCCACUUGACCUGACAGUCUGCAUUUCAAUAAAGCAUAAGCGAGGACAAACCAAUAAAACAUAGAUGAGGCCGACAACAAGCACCAUGCUCCAGCAGAAUAACAACAACAACUACCCCUGCCUCAACGUGUCAGGCUCCACCAGAGACAUGCUCCAGAAGUGCUCCAGAGCCUCUCUGCCCUUCCCCAGCCGACUGGAGCUGGGCCUGGGAGACCUGCCACUGAUCCGGGGCCUCCGAGCCUGGGCCCUGUGCUCCAAGAACCGCCGGAAGGCUGGUGGUCUGUUGGGAGGAGGACAAGCCCCCAUAGCUCCUCCUGCGGGCCGUGGGGGUUCCACUUCCUGCCCCAGGCCUGCAGAUGUGUACCUGAGCGGGGAGUGGGGUCGCAUGGGGUACGGGUUACCUCUGGGGCUGGAUGCCAGGCAGGCUGGACUUGGAGCCUUAGUGACAGUGGCCACUCUGAAAACCUCAGAGGGCAGCGGGAAGACGCAGACUCAAUGCCUCUUCCUCCGGACUGAGAAAGGGAGCUGUUUGUACUCUACAGCGAAACCCAGUUCUGGGGGGACUACCAGUGCAGCCUCCAGCGUGGUUGGAGGAUGGCUGAGGGGGAAGACAGGAGGAGGAGGAGGUAGAGACAUCCCAGGCGGGAGGAAGGACAAUGGGCCAACUCCGCCGGCACAUACCGGAGUAAACCGGGUUAGGGUGCGAUCUGGCCGGAGAUGGAGGAAGUCAAAUAAUGCUCGAGAGAAAGCAGGCGUGAGCAGAGAGAGGCAGCAGAGUAGCAGGGAGGAUCCUGCAGGAGAAAUCUCUCUGGAAGAAAGGCAGGAAGAGCAAGACAAAGGAUGCCUGGCCAGUAAACAGUUUCCCAGCCCAAAGCAGGACAGCAGGAGAGCCAGACAGGAGAAAGACGCAGCAUGCAGGAGUCCUAGAUGCUGCCACAAUGCUUCUCCCAGAACCUGUACUCGGUGUGUAAGGAGAGCACAGAGGAGGGAAAGCCAGGAUGGAAAUGAGGGCAGAGAAAGUCCAAGAAGAGGCACCUCAAACAGGAUAAAGGGUGAGGGGAAAGGAAUGAGGAAGGAGAUGCAAAGGAAUGAGGAGGAGGGGGAGGAGGAAAAGAAGGGAGGCCUCUGUGGAUUAGAGUCAUCUCAUUCGGUUUUGGCUGAACCAGACCCUGACCUAGAAUCCACCAGCGGCUGUGAUGAUGAAGAGACUGGGAAAGAGAGCAUCAAGGAGCUGAAGACACAAACCUCUCAAAGCAAGGACGACUCUUCAGAUAGAGAGGAGGAUACAAACUCUGAGGGUAUGAAAGUAGAUACUGGAAACACUGAUUUUAUUCCUGGCCCCUCCGGACAGGAUAGCGUUACUUUAGGACUUUACAGAGGUUUUGAUGACAGAAGUGAAACCCCCUGUGAAGAAGUAGCACCUAAUAUGAAUGGAUAUUCUGAUCUCUCGGGGGCAGAUCAUAAAACUGAAACAGAAAGGGAGAGGGUGGAUGUUGAAGAGGAGGAAGGGGGCAUCAAUUGGACUCCUGCAGAAUUCCCUGUUUUAUCCGACUGCUAUGAGGACGUCCCCACUCCUGUAGAGGGCAGCACCUGCAAUGCAAAGAUUUGUGUUCAGAGUGAGCAAGAGAACUCCAGAACAGAUCACCUUGAGGGGUAUCAAAAAGGGGGGGCAGACCCAGGAAUAAUUGGUAAAGGAGAAAUGGAACUAAUCGGAUUUGUGCAACCAGAACCGAACUGUGCGGCUGCCGAGAACAACACUGUGAACACAAACAGGAAACCUCUGUUUUUCUUUCAAAAUGCAGAAAACGCCAGCGAACUAGAGGAGAGAGGAGCUUCGUCUAAACCUCCAGGACAUCUACACCCUUCAAUUUUUGAGACAGAUGAGAGGAACGUAACAGGAAUCCAUUGCAACUGUAGCACAACUGAGCUUUACCGGACAGAGCCCAGGGAUGAGCUGGUUUUGGGUAAAAGAGAAGUGGAGGUACAGGAAGGGGAUAAAGAGGAGAACGGGGAGAUGCUGGAGAGAUUUUGA